AACCCUACCCUAUCCCUAAACCUAACCCUAUCCCUAACACCAUUACCCUGCCAGAUCUCAGCUGAUUAAGGAGGCUUUGCUUUCUAUCCUCCCCCCUCCUCCCCUCCAGGUCUGAUUAGCUAGCGGCCAUCUUACAGGAGUGGGUUGGAACCUGUUGCAGGCGCUAACCACAGUGUGUGUGGGCUGACGGUAGACACGGCUCUCACACACAGACACUGGUCCAGGUAGACACGGCUAGCUCAAACACUCUCACACACAGACACUGGUCCAGGUAGACACGGCUAGCUCAAACACUCACACACACAGACACUGGUCCAGGUAGACACGGCUAGCUCAAACACUCACAGACACUGGUACAGUAUGGGAGCCAGAUGCAGAGCAGUUUGAAGGAAUUCACCUCAGACUGCUUCUAUCGGAUUGGAUCAUGUUUCCUGACUAUGUGUAUGUGAGAGGGCAGCAUGCAGUCGGCUCCAGCAGGUUUGUGGGACCCCCAUGGAUCCCAGUCUGAAGAUGGCUCCCCCCUCCCUCUCCCCCUGCAGCCACCCUCCGCCUCUCACCUCUCCCAUGUGAUCGCCGCGCCACCAGCUAAGCGAAUCACCUUCUACAAGAGAGGCGACGAUAAGUUUGCAGGUGUGAGGAUGGCGGUCCACAAACGCAGCUUCAAAUGCUUUGACGCACUACUGGACGACCUGUCGCAGAAGGUGCCCCUGCCAUUUGGGGUACGCACGGUCACCACCCCCAGAGGGAUCCACAGUAUUAAACAUCUAGAGCAGCUGGAGGAUGGGGGGUGUUACCUCUGCUCUGACAGACGGCAGGCUAAACCAAUCAACAUGGAGCUGGCUGGCAAACGGCCCGCCCUCUGGCACUACCCCAGCCGCCGAGUGCCACAGCGACCAGCAAAAGACCCUUGCCCUCCCACUGCUCCAAGCCACACCCCUACACGGCAGCGGCGCAUCCUAUUGGUCAGAAACAGCGACCCUGCGGUGAGGAGGAGUGUGGUUCUGAACCGCCGCUCGACCCGGAGCCUCCGAGUGUUUCUGGAAGACAUCUCAGAACUGAUGCAGUGUCACGUCAGGAAAUUAUACACACUGGAGGGACGCAAGAUUGACAGUGCACAGAGCCUGAUGACGUGUCCAGGUGUGUUGGUGUGUGUGGGUCGAGAGCCCUUCAGACCUCUGCUGCUGGAGUACGUAACCAAGAGCUCUGAGGAGAAACUUCCUGGACUGGGGACGCGGUCAACUGGAAACGGGGCCCGCUCCCCCGGUACUGGAGCCCGCUCACCUGGUAACGGAAAAGGGUCACGGUCUAGUGUCUGCAGCGAGGGACACGACAACAAGAAGAACGUGAACUUUGGUCUGGAGACUAAGAAGAGCAUCAUCCAUCCUCGUUUAGACUCUUCAAACCGCUCCACCCGUUUCUCUCUCUCCUCUGAGAAGUCCUACGCUAACGGCCUCAGCACUUGUCCCCACUCCCACAGCGGCAGGGAGGCGGUGCUGAACGAUGACAUAGAGAAACGUGUGCUGGUGAACAAAGAUGGCAGCCUGUCUGUGGAGAUGAGGGUGCGGUUCAAUCUCCACAACGAUGAGACGCUUCAGUGGUCCACGGAGAUUAAGAAGUCUCCCUCUGACUCUCUGACCAAUGACUGCUGUCCGCUCAGGGAAGCCCAGCCCUGCUACCUACAGCAGGGCCAAUCGGAAAGCUGCUCGGACCCUGACUACGCUUUUUGUGUUGCUGAAGAUGCCGACUACGCCCCCAAGCCUCCACAGCGCUCCCUGAAGGAGCCACAGCCCCGCUGUGCCUGCUGCUACCAGAGACCUGACCCGGAGUAUGACCUCUGGGAAAACCCCGCCCACAUCCAGACCUCUAAGCACUCCCAUUCCAGGGUUAGACACAUCCACUCUUCUAGCUCCUCCUCCUCCUGCCGCUCCAGCAGGGUGGUGAGGAGACGGGCGAUGCACAAGGAGGGUUCAGAGCCCGGAAGGGUUGUCCAGGAGUGCUGCGUCAGGGAGGAGGUACAGCGUCGGGUGGAGGUGGAGAGGGAUGGAGGGAUGGUAGAGGUGUGUACAGUCAGCCGCAGCUGCAGCCGCAGCGAGCUCAAUCUGAGUGCCACAGACAACCAGGUGGAGGAGCGUCCUCUAUCUAGCUCCUCCCACGUACUCCAGGCGCUUCAGGAAGAUGUGGAUGCCCUCCCGCCCAGCGCCUCACGCUGCUGCCAUAGCAACAAUCCCCCACAACCGCUCCCUUUGACUCCGCGACCUCCCAGCCACUUGUCCAAUUCCUCCAGGAGCAGGAAACACAGCCCUGCUCCUACCCCACAGCGAGAGGAGAGGGGAGAGGGGGGAGAGGAAGGGUGUGACAUGGGUGAGGAGAGGGCUAGCAGAGCCUCCUCCCGGCGCUCUUGUCACUCGUGUUCCUGCCGUGGUGGAGAAGUCACCCCUCAGGCCGACCAGGAGAGGGCGGACAGCCACGCCUCCCACAGAUCUAGAACCUUCAAUAGAAUCACAACCCCUGUGGCUUCAGAGGAGGGAGAUGAUGAAGAUGAUGAGGAGGAGAGGGCAGUCAGCGUAAUGUCCACUCACACCGGUCUCUCCGGGGGAUCGGGUGGGUCAGUGGGGUCUAUGGGGUCCACUGUGUGUCCUCACUGUAGCGGGUGUGACCAUAGGUCCAGCCCUGCAUCCUGCCCUUCACAGAGGUCACAGCGAUCUAAAUGUGAAGAGGAGAGGUCAGGGAGCGGACUCUCGGGUGGCUCAGAUGAGUCCGGUUUUUCUCAGAGGACCAACAGGUCCAACUGUACCCACUACUACCAAGAGGGCCGAGCAGCCAGCAGAAUGUCACAUCUGUCUCUGCCCGAGGAGGGAGAGGAUGCAGGGAAGGAGGGAGAGGUGGAGGUUGGCGAGAAGAGAGAAGCGGGGGAGAAAGAGGAGAGAGCAACCAGUGCCCUCUCAGCCAAAUCCUUCUCUUCAGUCAAGGGCAGGAACUCCAGAACCUCCCAUAAGUCUAAGGCUUCAGAAUCCCUUGCAGACAUGGAGGAAGAGAUGGAGGGAGAGGGAGAAGUGGAAGAGAGAAGAGAGCAGAGACCAGCAAGUGCCAUGUCAGCUAAAUGUAACCUCUCAGUAAAGUCCAACAGGUCCCAUAAGUCCUACGGCAGAAAAUCUGAACGGGCGCCUUCCCCCAACUUACCAGAGGCACCAGCUACUGACGAGGUGGGAGAGGAGAGACCAGCAAGUGCCAUGUCUACUAAAUCAAACCUCUCAGCCAAGUCUAGCAGGUCUCAUAAGUCCACCUGUAGCAAAACAGAUGGGUCCACAAAAGUUUCAGAGAGGGCAGCAUCUCCCAGAUCAGAACCAGAAGCUGCUGAGGAUACAGGAGCAGCAGAGACAGAGGACAGAGAAGCCAGUGUUAUGUCAGAUAAAACCAGUGUUUCAGCAAAGAGCAACAGAUGUCAUAAGUCUACCUUUAGUCAGAGUGUUAGGGCUGCUUCUGUGAGCUCUGACACACCUGAACUCCCUGAUAUUGAGACAACAGGUGAAGGUGAAGAGGAAGAAGAGGGUGAGAAAACAGAGGAGAGAGCAGAGAGCUCCAUGUCAGCUAAAUCUAACCUCUCAGCAAAGUCCAGCAGGUCCACCUACAGCAAAGCAGAACAGGCCCCUUCCCCCAACGCAGAGGCACCAGAAACUGAACCUGGUGUAGAUGAGGAGGGAGAGGAGAGAGCAGCGAGCGCCAGGUCAACUAAAACCAGUGAUUCAGCAAAGUCCAGCAGGUCCCAUAAGUCUACCCGUAAAGCUACCUCUCCAAAGCCAGCCGCUUGUGAAACGCCAGUCAACGAUCCAGCAGAGAACACAGAGGAACAGAGAGCAUCCAUGUCAGGUGAAAUCAGGGCUUCUGUCAGGUCUAGCAGGUCUCACAAGUCUACCUGUAGUAGGAGUGUUAGGGCUGAGACACCUGUUGCUAAAGACAUCCCUGCUAUUGAAACAACAGAAGGAGAUGAGAAUGGAUCUGCUGCUGCAGGAGACACAGAGGAGAGACAGGCGAGCACCAUGCCAGCUAAAAUGAACGCUUCAGUUAAGUCUAGCAGAUCUCAUAAGUCUACCAAACCUUCAGAGAGGGUUGUCUCUUCCAGCUUUAAAGGGGCUAACAUCCUGGCUAUUGAAACAACAGUGAAGUCUAGCAGAUCUCAUAAGUCCACCUGCAGCAAAGCAGAACGCACCUCUUCCCCCAACUCACCAGCUGAACGUGCCCCUUCUCCCAACUCACCAGAGGUACCAGCUUCUGCUGUAGAUGAGGAGGGAGAGAGAGCAGCGAGCACCAUGUCCGCUAAAACCAGUGCUUCAGCAAAGUCCAGCAGAUCCCACAAGUCUACCUGCACUAGGAAUGUCAGGGCUGAGACACCAGGGACUAAAAACAUCCCUGUUAUUACGACGACAGGGGGAGAGGAGGCGGUUGAUGAUACAAUUGUUGCUGGAGACACAAAGGAGAGACCAGUGAGCGCCAUCUCAGCUAAAACCAGUGCUUCAGUCAAGUCCAGCAGGCUUCAUAAAUCUACCUGCAGCAGGAGGGCUGAGACUCCAAGCUCUAAACCAGCCGAUGUCCCUGUUAUUGAAACAACAGGAGGAGACGAGGUCGGAGAGGAGAAAGAGAGAGCAGCCAGUGUCAUGUCAGCUAAAUCUAACACUUCAGCAAAGUCCAGCAGGUCUAACAGGUCCACCUCUAAUGGAAGUACUAGAGCGGUCUCUCCAGCGGCUCAAGAUAUUCCCGCUAUUGAGACGACAGGUGAAAAAGAGCAGGGAGACAAAGAGGAAGAGAAAUCUGAGAGACCAGCUAGUGCCAUGUCAGCUAAAUCCACCACCUCUGACAAGUCCACCAGGUCUCAUAAGUCCAGCAGUAGUAGGAGGGCUAAAACGCCAGCUGAUGUCCCUGUUGUUGAGACCACCGGAGGAGACGAGAAGGGAGAGGGGACAGAGAGACCAGCGAGUGCCAUGUCGACUAAAUCCAACGUUUCAGCAAAGUCCAGCAGGUCUCACAAGUCCACCUGUAAUAGUGGAAGUACUAGAGCGGUCUCUCCAGCACCUAAAACAGCAGACGUCCCUGCCAUUGAAACAACAGAGUUUGACCGUGAGGGAGAGAAAACAGAGGAGAGACCAGCUAGCGCCAUGUCGGCAAAAUCUCACAUCUCAGCUAAGUCCAGUACAUCUAAUAAGUCUAAUGGAAGUAACAGAAGUAUGUUUCCGCACCUGAAAAAAGAGAGAGGUGAGAGAGGUGUUAGACCUGUCCCCAGCACUACAGGAGAUGACCUUGAGACAGGCAGUGUGAAAUCUACCAUGAGCACAAAACUCAAAUGUAAAGCAGAUUCCUCCCCUACCAGACCCCUCUCCAGAACAUCACAGACCAGCGCUAAACCUACCAAUCAAACACUGCCUGCCACCACCGAGACAGCCAAUGAACAGUCUCAAAGUCAAGCCGCCUGCAAGGCUGCAGACAGAAUUGAUGACGUCAGAAAUGAUGUCACAGGGGAGAAAGCGUCCAGCGUGCGCUCUAAGAUCCCUGCUAAAGCAGCUGGAGACUCCAGGCCUGCGUCUGCUUCCUCCGCCCGCUCCACCAGGUCAAAGGUGAAAGUUGAGAAGGCCAGCGAUGCCCAGGAGGAGGAGAGUCCAAAUACAAGCGCCUCCGACUUCCUACAAGUGAAAGGGCAAGGUCACAGAGUCAAAGCUCAGAGUGACACAGGCAGCGUUCGCUCUGUGAAGACGGUGAUAGAAAGGAAUUCCAGACCAAAGUCACCGCGAGCGAGAGACCCUCCCUCCCUGUCCCCCAGUACCACCAUUCAAUUGGAGACGGCCAGCAUCAGUGACAGCCUCCUCUCCCAGUUCCUGUCAGCUGCUGACCUGCUCAAGGGGAACAUGGCCGCCUUGCGCCCCUCCAGCCCUACAGGGUCAAAGGUUAGCCUCACUGAGAGUGGGAAGAGUGGACAGAGCCAGAGGAGCAGGAAACCCAAACAGGAAGAGGCAGAGUUAGAUGAGCUGGAUCCCCUCUGUCUGCCUAACACCUUGCCCAACGACGUUGUCAGUGAUUGGCUGAGAGGCAUACCUGCCGACGGCGGCAUGGAUAACCCUGAAGACGAGAUGAACAAGGGAAUUGAGGAGACAGAAGAAGAAGGAGAAGAAGCAGUGGAGAAAGGAGGGGAAACAGAGGGACAGGGAGGAGAGGAGACUACGGAGAAACAAGAACCAGUUGAGACCACAGUGCUGGAGCAGGAGAACACGGCUGAAACAAGACAUCAGGAAGAGGAAGUGGAGCAGGAAAACACAGCUGAAACAGGACAACAGGAAGAGGAAUUGAAGCAGGAGAACACAACUGAAACAGGACAACAGGAAGAGGAAGAGGAACAGGAGAACACAGCUGAACCAGGACAAGAGGAAGAGGAACAGGAGAACACAGCUGAACCAGGACAACAGGAAGAGGAAGAGGAACAGGAGAACACAGCUGAACCAGGACAACAGGAAGAGGAAGAGGAACAGGAGAACACAGCUGAACCAGGACAACAGGAAGAGGAACAGGAGAACACAGCUGAACCAGGACAACAGGAAGUGGAAGAGGAAGUUAAGGAGGCUGCAGAGCACCUAGAGGAAGAGGAGGAGGAAGAGAGGGGAGAGGAGGAGGGAGCAGCAGUGGAGGAAGAGAAGGAAGAAAAAGAAGAGAGGGAGGAGGGAAGAGAAGAGGGGGGAGAGUGCUCCGAGUGCGCUGGCUUCUGCCCUGACCCAGACCCGCCCGCCAAUGACAUCACUUCCGCUUGUCCUCGCCACCUGUUCCUCAGUAAAGAAUCAGAGCUGCCUCGGAGCUGCCACUCAUCUGUGGCAGUAAUGAAGGUUCUACUGAGCCCUACACUGGGCCGAUGCAGCUCCCUACCCGAGAUAAGUCCUGUGUAUGGACGCAGACUGAGCUCCUCUGCUAAAGGUCUGCUGGACUGUCUGGCCCAGCUGCAGCUCAUCGACCCGCCCUCUCUUUCAGCUGCAGCUCCAAGCCCUGACAGGGACCAGCGAUACCAAGAGGUCAUGGAUAUACUAGAGUCACUGUGGCUGUCUAAGCCCAACCCCGGGAAGGGGAAAGAGGGAGAGGAAGAGGGGAAGGAGAGGUUGAAAGACUCUGGUGUGGACCUGAGCAUUGGCUCAGCUGGGUCGGGGGGUUCUGGGAAAGGCAAACCAGAUGAAACAGCGGGUGACAUCACUCCCAUAGCAGAGGGAGAGGAAGAGGGAGGGGAGGGGGAGGCAGGAGAGAUAGAGGAGGGGGAGGCAGGAGAGACAGAGAGA